AUGCCUAAUCCAGCAGUUCGUGGACUUAACUCGCUUCCACUGAAGGAUAUUACGGUGGAAGUAAAUAUAAACAACUAUUUCGUGGAUGUAUCCUCCAAAUACAGUUACGAAAACAGCUCCGAUGAGCUACUGGAGUCCUCUUUCGUUUUUCCAAUCGAAUCUGGUGGUGUUGUCUAUGAAUUUGAGGUUGUAGUUGGCAAUGAGAGAUUCCUUAGUACUUGCCGUGAGAGAAGUGAGGCUCAAUUUAUUUACGAGGAAGCAAGUGAAAGAAACCGAACUGUUUUUAUUCUGCUUGAAGAUGAAGAAAUGACUGAUGUAUUUUCAAUGAAAAUAGGCAACAUUCCACCAAAAGAGAAAGUCUUUGUGAGAAUAUCAUAUUUUCAAAAGUUGACAACGGUCAACAGUCUUGUUGGUCUCAAAAAGGAAGAUGAAAUAAUCGCUAUAUUUUCUUUGCCGGUUCUUAUAAACUUGAGAUACUCACCAAAAAGUCAUACCAAUAAGCGAAUAUUCGGACAGCCACUUCAACCAAAAUGGUCCUCUUUGAUACCUUAUACUUUUCACUUUUCUGCUGCUGUUUCAUCCUCGUCUGUCAUUAAAUCUAUAACAUCUGCGAAUCAGCAACUAUCCAUUGAGUAUCUUGAUGAGCAUAAGUCCUCAGCAAACAUUGCUCUGUUAAGUCAUUUCGACUUUACAGAGGACUUCCAAAUGGAAAUCGCCUACGAUAAUGUUAGUACUUUUUCAGCAGUGGAAUGCAGCUCAGACGAAAAUGGUUUCUUCUCAUCUGACUGUGUUCUCGUUAAUUUUUUACCACAUUUCUUAACCCCCUACCAAACAAAUGUUGAAAUAAUUUUCGUAAUCGAUCGUUCAGGAAGCAUGGACGGAGACCCCAUCCAGCAAGCUGCCCAGUCUCUUUUACUCUUCCUCAAAUCCCUUCCAGUCGGAUGUCGUUUCCAAAUUGUUGGCUUUGGCUCCACCUACAAAAUGCUGUUUUCUGAGCCUCAGGACAACACAGAAGAGAAUGUCUCCAAAGCGCUUGAGUAUCAACGCAACCUUGGAGCAGACAUGGGUGGUACUGAGGUUCUCCCUGUCCUUACGGCGGUCUAUGCCUCGAAGAUGGUUGGAUCUGCCGAUCGGUGGCGUCGGGAAGUCAUUUUUCUAACAGAUGGUGGAGUUGUCAAUCACGCUGAGAUAAUCGCUCUUGUUCGAGAAAACGCAGGCACCUCGCGUCUCUCCGCCAUCGGUUUAGGUCAGGGUGCGAGCACUGCCUUGGUUUCUGGCAUUGCCAGAGCGGGCAAUGGAAGAGCGCUUUUCGUGCGAGAUGAGAGAAACCUACGGGAUGCUAUCUUGGAUGUCCUAAACUGUUGCCUUCAGCCCUGGCUAACCGACGUGACAGUCGAUUGGCGUCUGACUCGCUCCGCUGUGCCCGUUACUUCUAUCCUUCAUGUGCCCUCCAAAGUGCCGCCCGUGUUUGCGCACACCUUCAGCACCGUUGCCGCGCUAGUUCCACCUGGAAACGCUCCUCUUGAGGGUGAAGUUACCCUAUCCUUCAAAGUGGCGGGCAAACCCAUGACCUUGACAGCUGCGAUUCCUCCAUCAUUGUCUGCGGUGGCGAUAGGAUUCACUUCCUCUCAGCGCCUGCUGCAUCGUUACGCGGCAAGUCUUCAGCUCACCGAACUCAUCGAUCGAUACGGCGGCUCGGGGAGCGACGAGGAUCGAGCCAGCGUGGUGAACUUGUCCCUGGCGGCAGGCAUUAUCUCUCCCUUCACAGCAUUUGUUGGUCUGCGACCGAAGCAGCUGCAAAACCGGGGCAAAAUUAGCGUCAAGAUCCCUUUGGGCGUGCGAAAACACAUGUCGGUGGACUGCCUGGAUGGAGUGGCACUGUACCCUUCCCAAGACAGAAGCCUCAGUCUACGACCCUGCUUUGACACAGUCCUCGAAGAACCUGAAGACGACAUCAUUCUCGGCAUUGCUGAACUCCAGCUCUUCUCCGGGGCCUGGACUUGGACCCACAAGCUCGCUAAGGCCCUCUCUCUACCCUCUGCAAAAAAGGACUGUAUUCCAACUCGGGCCGCCGGCCUCCACGAAGACAUUUGGACAACAGCGCUGGUUUUGGCAUUUCUACGCCUGAAAGCGAUCAAACGGCAGACUGAAUGGCAACUGAUGGCAAAGAAGGCGCGUGAUUGGCUCGAUAAGGUCAUGGAUGAGGAGGCAGCCAAUCAAGUGAUUGAAGCUGCAUGUCAAACUAUCGCCGGGACAACCUAA